CCUUUCACCAUCCUCCCCUCCAGUUCACCGACGCGCACGACCUUAUCCUUCCUGCCCCCCUCCUCCGCCUCCUCCUCCAUCACAAUAGCCACCGAGACGACUACAACCGCGAGCCCGCAGUUGCUGGAGUAGCAAUUGCAACAGACAGCUGCUCAGCAUGUCUGACUCCAACAAGCAAGAAGACCAUGAUUUUGGCACACCGCACACCGACGCCGACACCCACCAAAAUGCGAACACCGUCCACACACGCCUGCGUGCUAAUAGCUCUAUCAUGCAGGAGAGCAAGAUCCUCGUCGCCAACAGAGGCGAAAUCCCCAUCCGUAUCUUCAGAACCGCACACGAGCUGUCCCUCCAAACUGUAGCGGUGUACAGUCAUGAGGACCGUCUCUCAAUGCACAGACAGAAAGCCGACGAGGCAUAUGUCAUUGGCAAGAGAGGUGAAUUCACACCUGUCGGCGCCUACUUGGCUGGCGACGCUAUCAUCAAGAUCGCGAAGGAGCAUGGCGUGAACAUGAUCCACCCGGGAUAUGGCUUCUUGUCCGAGAAUUAUGAAUUCGCAAAGGCAGUUGAAGCUGCGGGCAUCAUUUGGAUCGGUCCCAAGCCGCAAACAAUCAAUGACCUCGGUGACAAGGUUUCUGCCCGCACACUCGCGCACAAGGCGGACGUCCCGACUGUACCCGGCACCCCAGGCCCCGUAGCCAAGUUCGAGGACGCGAAGUCCUUUACCGACGAAUACGGCUUCCCGAUCAUUAUCAAAGCUGCCUUUGGUGGAGGUGGCCGAGGUAUGCGUGUUGUGUGGAAGCAAGAAGAUCUGAAGGACUCGUUUGAGCGCGCGACAUCCGAGGCGAAGUCGGCUUUCGGAAAUGGCACAGUCUUCAUUGAGCGUUUCCUCUACCGUCCAAAGCAUAUCGAAGUACAACUCCUCGGAGACAACUACGGCAAUGUCGUCCACCUGUACGAGCGGGACUGCUCUGUACAGCGUCGCCACCAAAAGGUCGUCGAAAUCGCACCCGCCAAGGACUUGCCCAUCGAAACACGCGAUGCUAUCCUCAACGAUGCAGUCAGGCUUGCUAAGAGCGCCGGCUACAGGAAUGCUGGCACCGCCGAGUUCCUCGUCGACCAGGAGAACAGACAUUACUUCAUUGAGAUCAACCCACGUAUCCAAGUCGAGCACACCAUCACCGAAGAAAUCACAGGAAUCGACAUUGUGGCCGCUCAAAUUCAGAUCGCUGCCGGUGCCAACCUGUCGCAACUCGGCCUCACUCAAGACCGCAUUUCUACGAGAGGUUUUGCUAUCCAGUGCCGCAUCACCACGGAAGACCCAGCACAGGGCUUCAGCCCAGAUACCGGCAAGAUUGAAGUUUACCGCUCGGCUGGAGGCAAUGGUGUUCGCUUGGACGGCGGAAACGGUUUCAGUGGCGCCGUGAUCACUCCAUACUACGACUCCAUGUUGGUCAAGUGCACGUGUCGAGGUAGCACCUACGAAAUUGCCCGUAGAAAGGUCAUUCGUGCACUGGUGGAGUUCCGCGUUCGUGGCGUCAAGACCAACAUUCCUUUCUUGACCUCACUUCUCACGCAUCCAACCUUCGUCGACGGCAACUGCUGGACCACCUUCAUCGACGACACCCCAGAACUCUUCAACUUGAUCGGCAGUCAGAACCGCGCCCAGAAACUCCUCAGCUACCUCGGCGAGCUCAUCGUCAACGGCCCACAAGUCAUUGGCCAGAUCGGCGAGUCCAAAUUCAAGGGCGAUGCCAUCAUUCCCGAGCUCAAGGACGAGAGCGGCAAGCUCAUCGACACCACCCAGCCGUGCGAGAAGGGAUGGAGAAACAUCAUCACAGAGAAGGGCCCAGAUGCCUUCGCCAAGGCAGUAAGAGCGAACAAGGGCUGCUUGAUCAUGGAUACAACUUGGCGUGACGCUCAUCAGUCGUUGCUGGCUACCAGAAUGCGGACAAUAGAUUUGACCAACAUUGCCAAGGAGACCAGCUACGCUCUGAGCAAUGCUUGGGCUUUGGAGUGCUGGGGUGGCGCUACCUUCGAUGUGGCCAUGCGCUUCCUCUAUGAGGACCCGUGGGACCGCCUGAAAAAGAUGCGAAAGCUCGUACCCAACAUUCCUUUCCAGAUGCUGCUGCGUGGUGCCAAUGGUGUCGCGUACUCAUCGCUCCCCGACAACGCCAUCUUCCACUUCUGCGAGCAGGCAAAGAAGAAUGGUAUGGACAUCUUCCGAGUCUUCGACGCAUUGAACGACAUGGAGCAGCUUGAGGUCGGUGUUAAGGCCGUCCUGAAGGCUGGUGGUGUUGCCGAGGGCACCGUUUGCUACUCUGGUGACAUGAUGAACCCAGAGAAGAAGUACAACCUGGAGUACUAUAUGAAGUGCGUUGAUCGCAUCGUCAACAUGGGCGCUCACAUUCUUGGUAUCAAGGAUAUGGCUGGUGUCCUCAAGCCAAAGGCGGCCACUAUUCUCAUUGGCACCAUCCGCAAGAAGUACCCAGACCUUCCCAUCCACGUCCACACUCACGACUCCGCCGGAACUGGUGUUGCCUCCAUGGUUGCGUGCGCUCAGGCUGGUGCUGACGCUGUCGAUGCUGCGACUGACUCCAUGUCUGGUACCACUUCCCAGCCAAGCAUUGGCGCGCUCGUUGCUUCGCUCGAGGGCAGCGAUUGCGAGUCCGGUCUCAACUCUCAGCACCUUCGUGCUAUCGACUCCUAUUGGGCCCAGAUUCGCAUGCUCUACUCUCCAUUUGAGGCGUGGCUCACCGGCCCUGAUCCAGAAGUCUACGAGCACGAAAUUCCAGGUGGCCAGCUCACCAACCUCAUCUUCCAGGCUUCCCAGCAGGGUCUCGGGUCUCAGUGGGCCCAGACAAAGAAGGCAUACGAGCAGGCCAACGACCUCCUCGGCGACAUUGUCAAGGUCACCCCGACAUCCAAGGUCGUCGGCGAUCUUGCUCAGUUCAUGGUAGCCAACAACCUCGAUCCAAAGGGCGUUGAAGAGAAGGCCGACCAGCUUGACUUCCCGUCCUCGGUGCUGGAAUUCUUCGAAGGUCUGAUGGGUCAACCAUACGGCGGCUUCCCAGAGCCACUCCGCACCAAGGCUCUGCGCGGCAGGAGAAAGAUGGACAAGCGUCCUGGCCUUUACUUCGACCCGAUUGACUUCGACAAGGUCCGCACCAAGCUGAAGGAGAACUACGGUGGCUGCUCAGAGACCGACGUUGCCAGCUACAUCAUGUACUCCAAGGUCUUCGACGACUACAAGAAGUGGACCUCCAAGUUCGGCGACCUCUCGGUCCUGCCCACCAAAUACUUCCUCAACAAGCCAGCCAUUGGCGAGGAGUUCCACAUCGAGCUGGAGAAGGGAAAGACGCUCAUUGUCAAGCUUCUUGCUGUCGGUCCGCUUAGUGACCAGACCGGCCAGCGAGAGGUCUUCUUCGAGCUCAACGGAGAGAUGCGUUCCGCCACCAUCCUCGACCAGCACGCCUCCGUGGAGAACACCAGCCGUGUCAAGGCUGACACCAACGACAGCAGCCAGGUCGGCUCGCCAAUGGCUGGUAUGGUGGUGGAGAUCCGUGUCCAGGAGGGCCACGAGAUCAAGAAGGGCGAUCCCAUCGCCAUUCUCAGCGCCAUGAAGAUGGAAAUGGUCAUCAGUGCGCCGCACUCCGGCAAGGUCAAGGACCUGAGCGUGAAGGAGAGCGACUCCGUAGACUCCCAGGACCUCAUCUGCAAGAUCGAGAAGUAGCUUUAGGGAGAUGGUCGUUUUACGCAUGAAAUGAAAUGGCUCUGGUAGCUCUGCAUUGAGAAGUCAUGGAUGCUUACGAGUUCCUUUCUCGGGGUCUUAUAGGACUCGUGUGUAUCGGAGCGGAGCGAUAGAGUGAAGACCUAUAGGCCUAACAUGUGCGUAUCGACUCCGCUAACACUUCGCUACACUG